GCUUUCUUUGACUGUCUUCUUGUAACAUUCUGCCAUGACAGCUCUCCCCCAGUGUUUUCACUCCACACUGACCUCGAUAAGGGGGAGAGUUCGGUGAAGUACACCCUGUCGGGGGACGGUGCAGGCUCCAUUUUCACAAUUGACCAAACGACAGGGGACAUCCAUGCCUUAAGGAGUCUUGACAGGGAGGAGAAGCCUUACUACACCCUGCGUGCCCAGGCUGUGGACAUCAACACCAACAUCCCCCUGGAGCCCGAAUCAGAAUUUGUCAUCAAAGUCCAAGAUAUCAAUGACAAUGAGCCAAAGUUCCUGGAAGGACCAUACACAGCCAGUGUUCCUGAGAUGUCACCAGUUGGGACCUACGUGACGCAAGUAACAGCCACAGACGCAGAUGACCCUACCUAUGGAAACAGUGCUCGGGUGGUGUACAGCAUCCUCCACGGCCAACCGUACUUCUCUGUUGACCCCAAGACGGGGGUUAUAAAGACAGCCUUGCCCAAUAUGGACAGAGAGGUGAAGGAAGAGUACCAGGUAUUAAUCCAGGCCAAGGACAUGGGAGGCCAGUUAGGAGGACUGGCCGGGACGACUAUUGUCAACAUCACCCUCAGCGAUGUCAACGAUAAUCCACCUAGAUUCUCUAAAAGUUUUUUUCACCUGAGAGUUCCUGAAUCAUCUACAGUGGGGUCUGCUGUCGGCAGAAUCAAAGCCCAUGACUUGGACAUUGGGAGGAAUGCUGAAGUGGAGUACACCAUUGUGCCUGGCGACGGAGGUGUCAUGUUCGAUAUCACCACUAAUGAACACAACCAGGAAGGGAUCAUCAUCUUGAAA